AAUCCAAAGAUUGGCCGUCUGAAUUUGUUUUCCAGCUAUAAGAAGAAGGAUGGAGACCUGGCUUUGGCUCAGGCUCGAAUCAAGGAACUGGAAGCGCAAUACAACAAGAAAGAGGCGGCUCUCAACACGGCCCUCAGCGAGAACAACUCCCUCUCCGCCGAACUCGCCGACCUGAAGGCUCAGCUGGCCAAAGCUGAAGAUGCUCACGGCGUGGCCAAGAAACAGCUGGAGGCGGAGACGCUAAUGAGGGUGGAUCUGGAAAACCGCUGCCAGAGUCUGACGGAGGAGCUGGAGUUCAGGAAGAGCAUGUUUGAGGAGGAGGUGCGUGAGACUCGCCAGCGUCGUGAGAAGCGCAUGGUGGAGGUGGACUCGGGCAUACAGCAUGACUACGAGUUCAAGCUGGCGCAGGCGCUGCAGGAUCUGCGCAGACAGCACGAGGAGCAAGUGCAGAUCUACAAGGACGAGCUGCAGCAGACCUUCAAGGCCAAACUGGAUAACGCCAAGGUUUCGUCUGACAUGAACGAUAAGGCAGUGCUCACCGCCCGCGAGGAGCUCCAGGAAGCUCACAUGAGGAUCGAGGGCCUGAGCUAUCAGCUCAGCGCCCUGCAGAAACAGGCGUCUGCCGCAGAGGAGCGCAUCCGCGAGCUGGAGGACAUGCUAUCCAGCGACCGGGAUAAGUACCGCCGACAGCUGGACGCCAAAGAGCGCGAGAUGGCCGAGAUGAGGGAGUGCAUGCAGCAGCAGCUCAACGAGUACCAGGAGCUGCUGGACGUCAAACUGGCCCUGGACAUGGAGAUCAACGCCUACAGGAAGCUGCUGGAGGGCGAGGAGGACAGGCUGAAGUUGUCUCCCAGCCCAUCCUCACGGGUCACGGUGUCCCGCACCACAGCGAGCAGCACUUCUACGUCUUCACGUAGCUCCCGCGCCAAGAGAAAGCGCGUGGAGCUGGAGGAAGCAUCCACCGCUGCUCCCAAAGUCCAGAUCAGCCAGGAGGCCGAAGCGACGGGAAGCGUCAGUAUCGAGGAAAUCGACCUGGAGGGGAAAUCAGUGACCCUCAGAAACAACUCUGACAAGGAUCAAUCUCUGGGCAGCUGGCGACUAAAGAGACAAAUUGGCGAUGGAGAGGAAAUCACCUAUAAAUUCAGUCCCAAGUUUGUCCUGAAGGCAGGCCAGACAGUAAAUGUGUGGAGCGCCGACGCCGGCGUGUCCCACAGUCCUCCUUCAGACCUGCUGUGGAAGAGCCAGAGCUCUUGGGGCACCGGAGAAAAUAUCCUCACCUUACUGGUCAAUUCAAGCGGAGAGGAAGUGGCGAAGCGAACCGUCACGAAAAGCAUGAUAGAAAUGGAGAAUGGUGAUGAUGAGGAGGGAGACUUUGGAGACGAAGAUCUCUUCCAUCAGCAGGGCGAUCCAAAGAUCCGAUCCAGAGAAUGUGCCGUCAUGUGAUGGAGCCACGCAUCUUUAGUAUUUUCCUCCCCACAAUUCAGUCUAGUUUUGUAGAGCCACUACUUUUGUAUUCUUCGAAUCAUGAGUUCAUAACACCCCUCCCUCGACCCUUUAUUUGUACGGACCUCAUUUGUAAAGCCAGUUAAUCUUGAGCUGUGGCAAACAAUGCUGUUUUUCAAUGAAUAGUCUUUCCAGACGGCCACUGUAGAAG